CCUCUAGGCCACACAGUUAACCGAAAGGCCCACCUGCGUGAAGAAAGACUACUCCAACUUCAUGGCUUCCCUCAACCUGCGCAAUCGCUAUGCUGGAGAAGUUGCCGGGAUGAUUCAAUACUGCAACGCCACCGGUCGGGCCUCCGACCUGAAUAAACUCAUGAUCAAGCAGCUCAGCAACGCCCUGGAAGCCGGCCAAGCAGAGAACUAUACCCAGGCGAUGUUUAAGAUGACCGCUUUGUUGAUCAGCAGCAGAGACACCGAUUCCCAGCUCUUACAUCACCUCUGCUGGGGCCCUCUGCGUAUGUUCAACGAACUGGUCAUGCAGACUGCCCUUGCUUGCUGGGAAUGGCUGCUGGCCGCCAAGAACGGCAUAGAAGUCCCGUUCAUGAGAGAGAUGGCUGGAGCUUGGCAAAUGACCGUGGAGCACAAAUUUGGGCUGUUUUCCACCGAGCAGAAAGAAGCCGACCCUUUAGCCGCCUCCGAAGAAAGCCAACCGAAACCGUGCCCACCGGAGGUCACCCCACAUUACAUCUGGAUAGAAUUCUUGGUGCAGAGGUUUGAAAUCGCCAAGUACUGCAGUUCGGAUCAAGUGGAGAUUUUUGCCAGCUUACUCCAGCGUUCCCUGUCUUUGAAUAUCGGCGGAUCGAAGGGGAGCAUGAAUCGCCACGUGGCGGCCAUCGGACCCCGUUUUAAGCUCUUAACGCUGGGGCUGUCUCUGCUACAUGCCGAUGUCAUCCCAAACGCAACAAUUCGCAACGUCUUAAGAGAAAAAAUCUAUUCCACGGCUUUUGAUUACUUCAGCUCCGCCCCCAAGUGUCCAACUCAAGGAGAGAAGCGGCUGCGCGAGGACAUCAUCAUCCUCAUCAAGUUUUGGACUGCAAUGUUCUCCGACAAGAAAUAUUUAACCGCCAGCCAGCUUGUGCCUCCAGAUAACCAAGACACCCGGAGCAAUCUUGACAUCACAGUGGGUUCCCGCCAGCAAGCCACCCAGGGAUGGAUCAACACCUACCCUUUAUCCAGCGGCAUGUCAACCAUCUCCAAAAAAUCAGGCAUGUCCAAGAAGACGAAUCGAGGCACUCAGCUCCACAAAUACUACAUGAAGAGGAGAACGCUGCUGCUCUCACUUCUGGCAACGGAGAUUGAGCGCCUCAUCACUUGGUAUAAUCCGCUUUCGUCUCCGGAACUGGAGCUGGACCAGACGGGUGAGAACAGCGUUGCCAACUGGCGAUCCAAAUACAUCAGCCUGAGUGAGAAGCAGUGGAAGGAUAAUGUGAACCUGGCCUGGAGCAUCUCCCCACAUCUUGCAGUGCAGCUUCCCACCAGGUUUAAGAACACAGAAGCAAUUGGGAUGGAAGUCACCCGUCUGGUGCGCUUGGACCCCGGAGCCGUGAAUGACGUGCCGGAAGCCAUCAAGUAUCUAGUUACUUGGCACACCAUCGAUGCUGAUGCUCCAGAGCUCAGCCACAUCCUGUGCUGGACUCCCACCGAUCCACCAACGGGCCUCUCCUAUUUCUCCAGCAUGUACCCCCCUCAUCCUUUGACAGCUCAGUACGGGGUAAAAGUGCUGCGGUCUUUCCCUCCGGAUGCUAUUCUCUUUUACAUUCCUCAGAUUGUGCAGGCUCUUCGCUACGACAAGGUAAGGGCAGGGAAAGACU